GAGAGGGGGGUGCGGGAGCCCCGAGAGCCGCGUCCGCGUCGCGAUGGCCAGAAUGACAGCUCGGCCGUGGACGUUGUGGCUGCUGUGGCUGCUGGCGGGCUCCGCUCCCGAAAGCAAAGCCUCGCCCCCCAACAACCAGAAACCCGACUCAGGCGGCGCCCCGAGCCCGCAGGCGGUCCCCGAAGCCGCGACCCGCGCCUGGCCGGGGAAGUCUCAGCCGUCCGCGGAGAACAGGGCGGGCUUCCGAGAGAACGCGCGCGCGCCCGCCGCCCCGCCGAGCCCGAGCCCGCGCCUCGCGCAUGCGGAGAACCGUCCUUCGGCGCGCCGCGGGGCCGCGCAGGAGGAAGCCCCGCGACGUGCGCGCCCACGCCUCUUACCCUUCCCCGCCGCCAGGCCGCGCGUGCGCGUCCCCGAGACUCGCGCCGGCCCCGCCCACCCUAAUCGGCCGCGCGCCGGGCCCGGGGUCGCGCAGGCGCAGAAGCCGCCGCCGCCGGGACUUGACUCCGAGCCCUGCGCACGCGCCUGCAGCGCGGCCCCGGAGGCGCGCGAGUCCUGGUGCGCGAGCGAGUUCGCGCUGAACGGGAUCGUGCAGGACGUGGACGUGCUGGCCCCGGGGAUCCGCCUGGCGACGCUGCUCGUGGCCCGCGACGGGCUGUACCGCAUGGGCCGCCUGCACUUUACGCCCGACGGCUUUCUCUUCCGCGUGCACCUGCUGGCCCUCCACCCCGCCGGCUGCCACAAACCGUGCCCGGAAUUGAAACCCGGCAGCAGGUAUAUUGUAAUGGGCCACAUCUACCAUAAGAGAAGGCAGCUCCCUGCAUCCCUGUACCAGGUCCUGCGAGGGCGCCUCCGGCCUGGAGACGGACUGCUGAGAAGCAGCAGCAGCUACGUGAAAAGAUUUAAUCGCCAAAGACACCGGCAAGUUCAAGGUGCCAUCCAUGCCGCCUGCCUUGGAGCCUGACCUCCCAGGCCGUGUGUCUGGGCCUUAAGAGACUGGGAAUUCAGGGAAAUGGAACAGGCCUAUGAUCAUAUAUAUCCUGGGAUCUUCCUGUCAGGACAAGGCACUGAGCCCUUUAGGAACUGAUUGUCCAGUUCCAAUUCUGACCUCGAACUCGUCACGUUUAUUUGUCUUACAUGCAUGCUCUUUACAUAGGAGACAGUUCUGCUUCUGCCAUUACUCACUCACACAGCUCAAGCUAGGGGACCUGUCCAGUUAACAGAUCACGGGCUUCAUGUUGCUCUUUUUCUUUUUUUUUCUUUUUUAUUAUUUUAAUUUAAAUACAUUCUCCAGUAGAAAUAGUUCACAAAAAGAAAACAUUUCCUUGAUUUGAAAUAUACAACUUUGAAUCGUUUUAUAGCAAGUAUCAAACCAAAUUUUAUCCUCAAAGCAUCACAUUUUAAACUCUGUACAAACAGUAAGCGCACUAGUCAAAGACAUCGUUGAAAUGUCAUUUAGAUCCCUCGCUUAGGGGUCAGAACCCAAGACAAGUACAUGGAAAGCGUACUAAAAGGCUUAAUUCAAGUGAAAUAGUACUCAGACAAGUGUUCUGGAUGUACCAAAAAUGUAAGCUUGAGUUCAUGUUCAUACUUCCCCAUCCAAGAAACUUACGCUCUAUGUCAAACUGAAAGAUCUCCCAGUGCUUAAAUAUAUUCUGGGCAUAUCUGAUGUCAUUUUUCUAUUAAGACCAAGUAUUGUGUUUAUGUUUGUAAAGCAGUAAAUCUUGCCUUGAAAUCGGAUCUCGGAUGCACCUGGUUCUUUGAGUCUCAAAGGCAUUCUCAAACUCUCUGCCAAACCUCAGCCAAUGUUUGCAUGGAUCUGAAUUGUUUCAGGCUUUCCAAUAAGGUGCGAAACAGAUUUAA